CCACCCGUUCGGCGUCGUUAAACGGACAUAACGGAAGACCCGCCCAUCCCCCCGCUCCGCCCUUUUCGGCCCUCACGGGCCGGUCUGCGUUCGCCUGGUGGGCACCAUGGAAGCCCCCGCGGACACGGACGCUCAUGUCAUUUCUAAGGAGAAAAUGAUUGUACACUUAUGGACCUAUUUGUAUAGAAAUAUUUUUCGAUUUUGGCUAAAAUGGAUCUUGAGACAGUUGACUGGAAAAUGUGAACUGCAGCGUAUCUGUGAUGGCUCAAUGAAAAGAGCAGAAAGGACACUACGGAUAGAACAUUCGUUGGAAUCAUCAAAGUGUAAGGCUUUACAAAGGGCUGUGUAUUCUUCUAAAGAUGACGUGGAAAAAUGUGUGGCACUCAUCAUAGAACAAAAGAAGAUUAAUACACAAAAGGAUGCAGUGUUUGCUUCAAAGCUGCAAUUAAGUUUGCUCCAGAUAUCAGGAUGUAAGAAACUUUAUUUGGCCGUAGAAGAGCUGAGAAAACAGCCAUAUAACUCUGAUAAUAAAGAACAUGAAGAGCAACUAAUGGAGCUUUGGAAUUGGUUGAUGCCCCAUGAAAAACUGAAGGCUAGAAUCACGAAGCAGUGGUGUGACAUUGGUUUCCAAGGUGAUGACCCUAAAACAGACUUCAGAGGAAUGGGCAUGCUGGGAUUAACUAAUCUUCUAUAUUUUAGUAAACACUAUCCCCGUGAAGCUCGUCAAAUCCUUUCUCGCUCAAAUAAUCCAAAACUGGGAUAUUCUUAUGCAAUAGUUGGGAUCAAUUUGACAGAAAUGGCUUACAAUUUAUUGAAGAAUGGACAUUUAAGAACUCACUUCUACAACUUGGUUCCUGGUGAACCACAAAUGAAAGACUUCCAUCAGUUUUAUUGUUAUUUGGCUUACGAAUUUGACAAAUUUUGGUUUGAAGAAAAGCCUGAAAGUAUUAUGUACUUCAACCAGUAUAGAGAGAAGUUUCAUGAAAAAGUCAAAAAACAUCUUCUGGAUUACGAUGUAGUCCUUGCCUUAAGAAACGAAAUAUAGUAAUGUGCAUUCCUUUGGAUUCUGUCUAUAAAAAUUAUGCACUUGACUGGGACUCUCAUAUGUAACCAAAAACUUCACUUAGUGAUCACAAAGUUUUAUACAUCUAUUUUUUUUAUUAAAAAAAGUGGUUGAGAGAGCUUGGACAAUCAACACUUACUUAGGUCUGUAUACUAUUUGCUGAAGGUAAGAACUUUUUAGAGACAAAGAUCCUUUCUGUACCACAGAUCCUCAUAAUUUUUGUAUACCUAGCAGAUGAAACAGGUUCUUGUGCUACAUUUUGUCUAGCAAUAGCUUCUUUUCCAUAUUUGAAAAGAAGCAAUAGCUUCUUUUCCAUAUUUGACUGGUGUUAGCUUACAACCAGAGAUGUUGCAAUACUUCUUGAACAGAAAUAGCUUUUGUUUUAAAUGUAUUAGGUUGUAUUUUCUCUCUCUCCUAACCGGGAACACAUGG